AUGUCAAUGUCCAUCCAAAACAUCUGGCAUCUGCGCCGAGUAGCAGAUACAGCCGCCAAAGCAUGUUACAUUUGCUAUAAGCCAUCGAGUAGUGUAUUAAUCACGCCUGAUAAUCGGGACUACUUCUACGUCUGCCCCUCUCACCUUCAAGACCGUCACUUCUGUUCUCCUAUUGUCGAUACAGAAGCUGUGGCCGCUAAGGCGAAAGACGAGGCCAUGGCGAGGGAGAUUGAGAAGGUGAAGAAGGAGUAUGAGGAGAAGCAGCAGCGGAAGAAGAAUAAGGAUGCUGAGAAAGAGAAGGAGAAGAAGAAUGAUGAUAAUAAGGAUAAAGAAAAGGAUGAUAAGUCGGCUACGAAAAAGGGUGAUGAGGAGGAUAAAAAGAUGCAGAAGGAACGGGAUGAUAAGAUCGAGAGUAUCAAGAAAUCGACCACUUCGUCGGAUGACUCGCCGAGGGUUUUUGCGUUGCAUAAGUAUUACUCUCUGCUCUUGAAUUUCUAUCAGAUGCGCAUUGACAGGAUGCGCAAUGCUGAAAUGGCUAGAAGGAAUCGUCAACGCCUGCAGGAUCCUUCUCUGUUCCCGUCUGUGCCGACAGGAGGAUUUUCACAUUAUGGGUCGCCUGUGCUCUGCCUAGUCACUACACCGCUGCUACUACACAGCUCAAGCGACGAUCGCUCAGCUCUCUACCGACGUAUCCGUCACUCAGAAACUCAUAUCCGCCCUGGCCCACUAGAGAAUAGCCAUCAACUAGACGGCUCACCGGAAGCAAUGCUGUCUCACAGUUCCGGCAAGACACGGAAGCCUCAAGAAACACACUUUGCACAGCCUUAA